GCUACUUUCCAUGUGUCCUCCUGGACUCUUGUCUUGCCUCUUGUUUUCAAUGUUUAAAAUUCAAAAAUGAAGCGGCUUUUCAUUUGCACACCACUCUGCCCACUCUUCUUGUACCCAUCUCCCGAUAAACACAAAUCUCUCCCUAGAUUUCCUGGCAAAAAAAAUAAAAUAAAAAUCUCUCCCUAAAUUUUAAUUUCAUUUCUCUUUUUAGCCCUCUUCUGACCUCUGUUUUACUCACCAUCUUUCUUUAUUAAUUCUAACUCUUUUUUUCAAGGGCCAUGAAAGUUUUAUAGUUUUUCUGCAGACUUCUAAGCUUAAAUCUACUAAUCAAGAACUUAGGCGAAAUGGGUGCUUCUGGAAAAUGGGUAAAAACAAUAAUUGGGCUCAAAAAGCCCGAAAAGGAUGCCCAGGAAAAAGGUGGGGGAAAGGGCAAGAAAUGGAAGAUGUGGAGGAGUUCAUCUGGGGAUUUAGUGUCAUCAGCUUGGAAGGGGUUCACAGGAAACCGUCAUUAUAGAUCGAUUACUUAUUCGAACGGUUCUGAUAUAUCAUCAAUUAGGGGUGGUGAUCCUGCUUUCACUGCUGCUGUUGCUACUGUAGUUAGAGCUCCUCCUAGGGAUUUCAAGGUUGUUAGGAAAGAAUGGGCAGCCAUUCGGAUUCAAACAGCUUUUCGUGGAUUUCUGGCAAGAAGAGCUUUAAGGGCCUUAAAAGCUGUGGUUAGGAUUCAAGCUUUAGUAUGAGGCAGACAAGUGAGAAAGCAAGCUGCUGUAACCCUCAGGUGUAUGCAGGCACUGGUUCGCGUUCAAGCAAGAGUCAGAGCUCGACGUGUACGUAUGUCCAUGGAAGGACAGGCUGUGCACGACAUGCUAAAUGAACGCCGCAGCAAGGCUGAACUCCUAAAAGAUGCUGAGGAGGGAUGGUGUGACAGGAGAGGCACUAUUCAAGAAGUGAAAGCAAAGAUAAAAAUGAGGCAAGAUGGAGCCUUCAAAAGAGAAAGAGCCCUUGCAUAUUCUCAUGCUCAAAAGCAGCGGAAAUCUAUUCAAAGCUCUAACUCACAGACUAGUUUAUUGAUGGCAUCCCCUAAAAAUAGUUUGGGCUGGAGUUGGUUAGAGCGAUGGAUGUCAGCGAAACCAUGGGAGAAUCGACUAAUGAAUAAAGUUGAAUCUGAUCCUCUAGAAGUAACUCCACCUCCUAAAGCCUACAUAAACGACAAUAUCAAAGCUAGCAUUUCAAAAUCUUCGGAACCAUGCUCUCUGAAAAUCAGAAAAAACAAUAUAACCACAAGGAUUUCAGCUAAACCUUCUAUUACUGAGCAAAGCACUCGUUCAUCUUCGAGUCCAAGCUCUGAAUUUCAUUGCAAGAGCUCAGCAUCGCCUUCAUUCUGCACAUCGACGACUCUUUCCAGAAACAAAAACAUGGCAUCAAAUAGAACUGGCGACAACAGUGUUAGCAAGCCAAGGUAUAUGAACCCGACUAAAGCAGCUACCGCUAAACAAAGAUAUAUGUCUCCUACAGCAGUCGUGUCCCGAGGAUGAGCAAACAGCAACUGGUCAUGAGAUUUCUCCUGGCCAUUGUGAAAUCAUAUCGGAUUCUGUUCCUGUCUAAUGACUUGUUCUGUAUAACUGAGCUGAGUAGAUUAUGUUCGGAUUUAAUUUUGUUCCGACUUGAGUAGACCAUUGGAUGAAAUUUAACUGAUUUUUGUUAUCAUGCCAUAUGUAAACAGAAUUUUUGACAACUGUAGCAAUCUUUGCCUAGGAACAAUCCUCCAUUGGUAAGAAAUCCCAAUGAGGAUGUAAAUUAUUCUGUGAGCCGCCAAUCAGAGCCAUUGUUCAUUAACCAGACAUGAUAUCUCUUUGCAAGACCUCUUGUGUAUUCA